ACAGGUGGGUGUUUCUGCGCUUCUAUCUCUGUGUCUCUGUCUCUGUGUCUCUGUCUCUGUGUUUGUCUCUGUGUUUCUGUCGCGCGCUCACGGCUCUGUCCCGCGGCUCGUGAGCGCGUGCUCCUCCGCGCUGCGUCACGUUGACGUGAAGAAGUUAGACAUUUUCUAAUCGGAGAGAGUGAGACAGACAGCUGCACCGCGCGCAAUAGUGGGACAUGCUGGAUCACUGUGUCUCAGAUGGAAUUGUCCCAAACAGAGUUGGCUUUAUGAAAAUGGAGGACCUGUCUCUCAUGGCCCUGCUGCAGUGUCCCGGGUGUUUGCAGCAGCUGGACUCGUCUGCCAAGGUCCUGCCCUGCCAACACACUUUCUGCAAACCCUGUCUGCAGAGACAGGAGCCGGUGCAGUCCCAGCUGCUGUGCCCAGAGUGCCAAGCACCGGCCCAUGCGCAGACAGCAGAGGAGCUCCCCACUAACCUCAUGCUCGUGCGCCUUCUGGAGGGACUGCAGAUCACCCAGGGGCCCGCAAACACCACACUGACCCCCCACUACAACGUGCCCUCGUCCCUCUCCCAACACAGACCGGAAGACACUGAAGGAACACAGUCGGACAGCUCUGGGUCCAGGGACAAGUACGGACAGAGUGAGGUUUCUGGCAGAUCUACUUUACCAAACCAACGUAGAGUUUUGUUGAACGACGCCAUCCUGAACUCUGGAAACUCAGCGUAUUUGGCGGAUGAGGACUCAGACUAUGGAAACCUCAACGACAGCAGAAGGGUGUACAGCAGCGCCCCCAGUGGCCCGGCAGCUUUAUGCAGAGCUCUGUGUGAUUUUAGCCCACAGGAGAUGAACCUGCAGGACAGUCAGUACUGCCUCGCCUUCCUCAAGGGGGAUAUCCUCACGUUCAUCAGACGAGUGGACGAACACUGGAUUGAAGCGAAACUCGGGGCCAAAACUGGGAUUUGCCCUCUGCAGUUUCUCGAGCCAAAUUCGGUGACUGCCAAAAUACUUGAAGCUAAAAGUCGAAAGGGAAGUGACUCUCAACACUGGAGCAAGCGUCAGGCCGCAGAGGCGUCGAGCAGGACUCUCCUCGGACCCUCUCAGACCUCAGGACCCACACCUGCCGUUUCUAACCAUCGGAAACAGCACACGGGCCCCGGGAGCGGCCCGUACCCGCCCAAAGGCGAAGGGGGCGCCGUCAACGGCUUCAGCCACAAAGGUCAUCACCACCGCAGCUCCGUGCUCCCAGCGGCUCGGAGCCGCUCGCAUCCGUCCAGAGGGAACUCACAAUCGUCCAGAGGAAACGCACACCUGUCCAGAACAAACUCACAUCGACGGCGUCCGGACAAACAGGGGUCAGCGAGCGAGAAGAGGAUGUCCAAUGAGGCUCCGCCCACUCUGACUCUGACGAACCCUCAAAUGUCAUCGGCCGACGGCGUUCCCUCCUCCGCGCAGCAGCUUUCCAUCAGCGUCUGUGCCGUCCUGUACUCGUAUAAGCCGCGGCGUCCAGAGGAGCUGGAGCUGAGAGGCGGAGAGAUGGUGGGAGUGUACGGCAAGUUUAAGGAAGGCUGGCUCCGUGGGCUGUCUUUACGGACGGGCAAAGUGGGAAUUCUGCCAAGUAACUACAUAACGCCUGUGCUAAGAACAUCUGCUAAACUUUUUGAGACCAAAGCAGCCAGUGCGUCGUCACAGUACAACUCCAUGAGUGGGAGGAGACCCACAGCGGCACGGACGCCCGCCGUGGUACUCGCCCUCGAUAAAGUAAACGCCGAUGGAACAACAUACCCAACGGGACACGCCCCAUCUGUGCCCAACGGAGCUCAACACGCCAUGGCAUCUGCAGGAAAAGCGUCUUUCCACGGAGGUUCUCAGGGCUGGGACACUGUGAGACGCAUCUUCAACCCGCACAGAGGCUUAAAUCAGUUCAACCAAAUGUCAAACACAAACAGCCCGUCCAACACAAGGCACUUCGCUCAAGUUCAAACGUCUGGCUACUCUCCAGCUUUGCAGAGGAAGAAGAACAUGAAUAUCCUGGCCAACUGUGUCAGACCUUUCGGAUGGAUGAGCGAGACAUUAGCGCCCUCUGCUGCUUAUCUCAAAGACAGGGGCUUCUCUCCGGCCCUUGAGCCAGCGUUUCAGCAGCCGCCCUCCGCUCCACAGUCCAUCCUCGUUAGACCCGACUCUCUCAAAACCUUCGGAGAAAAGCCCGCCAAGUCGGUGCGUUUUCUCACUGAUGAAGAGUCCCCCCCCAUAAGGAGACGCACUUCCUCUUGGUCUGCGGGACAGGUCGCAUCGUCCACCCAAUCCGGCGUGUCUCCUCUGGAAGUGUGGGCCCCGUCGCUCACACUGGGCAGAGACGGGCCGGGCAUCAUCCUGAAAGAAGGAAAAGCUCCUAUUUUCAGAAAGGGCCUGGACGCCACGGUCACAGAUCUGAACUCAAACUCUCCGGUUCUGCCCCAGCCGUCGUUUGCCGCUGUCUCGGCUCAGUUUAGUCCCUCCAGACACAGAGUGACCAAAACUCAUUUAGCACAGAUGGACUCUGAGCUCACUCUAGUUCAGGGGGAGCUGGUCCUGGUCCACAGACCGCGGCCUGAUGGGCGUUUGCUCGUGACACAGGAGAGCAGUGGACACACUGGCCUGUUCCAAAACAACAUCCUUCAAGUCCUGGAGAGGCUCAGCUGAGGGACGGCCUUUACCUGUCAGCAGAAUACUGUGUUUUUGUUGUCAAGCUGCCAAAGAACUCUGCAUAAGUCAAACAAAGAGACACUGAGUUCCAAAGAAAUGAAUGCUGCCAAUUUGAAAUCCCACUGAUUGUAUUGUGUGCAUCUUAGUGUGCUGUGUCUUUAAAUCAUACGAUAUAAUACACAUUAUAUUUAUUUCCAAGUAUUUGUGCUUUCUCAUUUACUACACAUGCGCAUUUUGCACAAAUCCCAUCUGACUGUUCCCUACUUAUUCUCGAUGCUUGGUGAGUGCCUUUGUUCAGCUACAGAAAGACAAUUCUGUAAAUAAAACUAUUCUGGAACCUUUA